UCUUCAUCUUCUUCUCUGGGUCUUCAGCUCUUCUUCUCUGGGUCUUCAGCUCUUCUUCUCUGGGUCUUCAGCUCGUCGUCUGUGGAAUAACGUUACUGCUGUCUAUUUCCAGAACUCAAAUGAAAGGGUUUUAGGUGACGUUAAAUGUCCCAAACUGGUCACUACAUUUGUUUUAUUUUCCUAUUUAUGUUCUCAGUGAUUGAUUUGAUCAACUUCCUUAUUCAUUAUUAAUAAUUAUAAUAAUUCACUCCCAGUUUAAUGAUCAUCACAAAAACCUUAUUAUCCUGAUGGUCAUUUAAUGGUAGUUGGUGUCCAGUGAUGUUUCCAAUAAAUUGGGUUGAAUUUAAACAUGUAAUUCAAUACUGAACAGUGUAGUUUAGACAAUAACAAAAAAAAGUAAAAUUUCUCCAGAGGGCUCCAAUUAUCUGUGGGUUGAUUUUGAUCAGUUAUAACUAGUUUGGAAAGAAAGUGUGUUUUGGUCCAAUUUUAAAAUGCAGUCCUUGGCUCAGUUCCUGUGGGACAGAACAGACGGUUAUCUCCACAAUCUCCUGUUUAUUAAAGAACGGAAACUUAAAUGUCACCUAAAUUCAUCAGUCUGGAAAUGUCAGUUACAUUUGUGCACAUGUGAGGGAGUUGCACAAGCAUUCUCAGGUGUGUGUGUGUGAGUGUGUGUGGGAGUGUGAGUCAGUGAGAGUGAUUUUCUCACGGCAGGAGUGAGGGACCUGAUGUGCUCAGUCAUCUGGACUUCCCCAGGUUUGACCAGACAGGAGAUGUUGCUGAAGGCGCAGUGUGAGUGUGUGAGAAAGAAACAUUUCAUGACACGUCGUAUGUGCAGCCGUCUGUCUCUUCUUAGGAAAAAUGAAUGUGACAUCCACUGUUCAACCGUCGAGCCUAAUGUGAGCAGUUGAGAAGAAAAACAAAAAAAUACUGUUUUUAUUUUUUAAUAUCUCAUUUACUUUUGCAGCUGGGACUUUUUCCAAACUCUACGUCGACACAUUCUCAGCUUUUGCUUCUCUGAACUUUGAAACGCUGUAGCUCCUAAUCUGAACAAAUUAAAUUAGAAAUCAUUUAAAGAAAACAUCCAAAUGUAAAUGUAUUGCUGUGCCCUUUCUGUACAAGUUCUCUGCCCUCUUGGCGGGGGGCGCCCCCCAUUUUGGGGGCUAGUGUUUUAAGGCAAUUUGCAGUGGAAGUAGGGUUUAGUUGUGACCUCAACUAUAAAAAACAACAGACAAAAUAAAACAUUCAUUGCUGUGGCAACAAAAUACUGAACUGCAUACACCUGGUGUACUUCAUGUUACAGGUAUUAAGGUACAUAUUAUGGUAAGUUUGUCGAGUUUCAUUAAGUUGUAAAGAUUACAGACUCUUGUUAAUUUAGAUUCCUCACCUCAUCAGUUUGUUUCUUGUAGGCCAAUUUACAAACAUGGUGAUCCAACAUGGCCGCCUGUGUGGGGAAGAUCCGCUCCUGAAACUAUGGUUGUGACAAAUUCAGCAGUUCAUCCUCACAGACUCAGCUGUCACACAGUUUCCACCGUCGGCCUGUACUCAAAGAGACUCUUCUGACAUCACAAGACGUUUUACAUGGAGUUCGACUGCCAAUGUCCUUCUCAUAUCAGCGAGGAUCACGGGCAUGGAUCUGAGACCGGAGCUCCCCUCAGUCUCUUCUGCCUCUCAGGUUCACCCAGGAGCGGCCCCCGCUGCGGCCGCGGCGGCAGCCUCCAUCCCGGUGUCCAUGGCCAGCAACCUGCUGCGCGGCCCUCCGCUGCUUUUGCGCGCCACAGACAAAUACCCGAGAACGCCCAAGUGCGCCCGCUGCAGGAACCACGGCGUCGUCUCCGCCCUGAAAGGACACAAGCGCUACUGCCGCUGGAAGGACUGCAUGUGCGCCAAGUGCACCCUGAUCGCCGAGAGGCAGCGGGUGAUGGCGGCACAGGUGGCGCUGCGGAGACAACAGGCGCAGGAAGAGAACGAAGCCCGGGAGCUGCAGCUGCUCUACGGCACCGCCGAGGGACUGGCCCUGGCCGCGGCCAACGGCAUCAUCCCUCCGCGACCCAAUUACGAGGUGUAUGGAUCCGCCAGCAGUGAGAGCAACUCAGACUCAAGUAUCCAGAAGUACGAUCUGUUUCCGAAGAGCCAGCUCUCCGGCUCUGCCUCCCAACAGUCUGUGGGGAAACCAGCGUCCACCGAGAGCGACUCAGCCCCGGGCAUCUCCUCUCCUGACGCCCGGCACGGAGGCUCAGGCUCGGAAAAUGGAGACAGUGAGUCUUUCAUCAACUCCCCGGUGUCCAAGCCUUUAAAAGACGGCGGGGACACCCCCGGGUCCGUUAGCUCCCUCGGCUCUGACUCCGGAUCUGAGACCGACAAAGACGAGCAGGAGCCCUCCCCGGCGUCCGCGGCCUCCCGGCACAUGAACGCCAUCGACAUCCUGACCCGGGUGUUCCCCAGCCACAAGCGCAGCGUCCUGGAGCUGGUCCUGCAGGGCUGCGGUAAGGACGUCGUGCAGGCCAUUGAGCAGAUCCUCAACAACGGCGACGGCCACGGAUCCAACAAGCCCGGGCCGGAGGAGACGUGGACGGCGGAGAGGAUGCUCCAAAAUGCGCAGCUGCAGCAGCAGCAGACGCCGCCGUCCUCCACGUCCACAGCCAACCCGACGAGGCCCAUGUUACCCGGGGCCAUGACGCUAAGUAACCGGUCGGCGUUUUCACCUCUCCAGCCGAACUCCCCGCACUUCGGUGCCGACCCGAGCACUUAUCCUCUGGGAACGCACCUCGGACUGAACCCGCUGCGCCUGGCCUACUCUGCGCACAGCCGGGGACUGGCCUUCAUGACGCCCUACUCCACCACCGGGCUGAUGCCCACCCUGGGCUUCAGACCCCCCAUGGACUACGCCUUUAGCGACCUGAUAAGGGACAGGACACUGUUACACAAAGAGCAGGGCUAUGCGAGCGGCCUGUACGGGCCUCUGGUCAACAACACGCCGGACAAACAGUGAGGCUGCUGGACUGACCGCAGAGACACGGACGCGUCCGUUGUAUUUGUAACAACAGGUGUUGAAUGUUCUGGACAAUAUCAUGUAUUGUGUGUCUACAGGUAUAUACUGUACAUUAUAGAAUUAUCUGACCUGUAGUGGAGUGCUGUAAGAACGGGGGGGAUGGGGGGGGGGGGUUCACUGAUCAGUAAAAUGACAGAAUCAGUUAAUGUUAGACUUACAACAGCUUAGACCACAUUCCUCAGUCAUAUGUAUCGUAUUUUGCCGCCUAUAAAAUAUCAUAAAACUUAAUAUUUAUAAAUUCAUGAAUAAAUCACGGCCGAACUAUAGGGGAAAAUGUUGAUAAAGUCAGUAAACAUGUUAAAUCAGCAACAUUUAAUUUUCUUUUUAAACUUGGGUUAAAAUAAAAAAUAUAAAAAUAUCGAGAGACAUUUUAAAGCUUUUCCUAAAUGUAUUACACUUUUAAAUAUCACAUUUUAUAUACAUUCCCCACGAGGCUGAAAUAAGAAUAUUAAGUUAUUAAAACGCGUAGUUUGCGGUUGUUAACCCUGCUGUAAAAGUUGAACUCACGUUUUGUAAAUGUCAUAAACUUUUCCUUUUCCUUCUUAUGUAUUAUUAUUAUUAUUGUUUAAUUUUCUCACAUUGCUUUGUAGCUCUUUUCCUUCUGCCUGUGUUCGAUGUUUGGUGAUGCUGAGAUGCUGAAAUGCGCUUUUCGACUUUUCUUCAAGUGCAAGUCAGUUCCUCUUCACAUGUUACUGUGCUGUCACAUUGUAUGAAUAUGCUGGAAAAUAAAUGUUAUUUUAAAGAAAA